CGCGGCACUGGACGGUAGCGUCGAGUUUCGAUUUCGCGACACAUUUGGCAACUCGCGAUCGAACCAGACCAACCGGUCGAACUGGGCAGGGGAGGGGGAAACAAAAAGCGGCAUUGUGGCGGCGUCAGCAAAAACGCACUAUCGAACCCGUGUGUGCGCGUAGGAAACGUCGCCCGUCAGCGAUAUCGCGUAAUAAUUAAAAAAAAAAAAAACAACAACACACACAUAUUCCCAACACCGCGGGGUGGGAAAAGAAAGUGUGCCCACCUGUCGCAUUGUGCGUUCGCCUAGUAAGAUCCAAAGUAAAACACAAACCAGGCGAAUUUGUUCCCGAUCGUUUUUGGACGUCGAUCGCAGUUUGCUGUUUCCAGUGUUUGCGUUCCGUACGAUGGAUUAUAGAUGGCAGGCUCUUUCUUAGGCCGUGACCCGUGACGUAGGAAGCCACCUCCCGUCGAGACAGUCUGCAGCGGUUGACAGUGUCAUCGGAUUUUUUCACCCUCAACAGCGAUAGUGUGUCAUCAUCAGCCGCAUCGUGCGAUCAUACUUUUAGGGAGGAAGAGGAGUUCGUGAUCAUCGAUCCGCAACAGCACGCGCCAUACCAAAGGGUGUGCCAUUUGGGUUGAAACCGGACGGAAGUGUGUGGCAUAGUGUCCCGCCCAAAGAUGGCAUUCUUCGUCUAUUUUGUAACGAUAUGUUUCUUCACGUACCACCUGAUUCGGUUGAUACUGUGGGCCGCCCUCGAUUCGGAUAUUGAACUGUUUGUGCUCUCGAAGCUGGGCAAACCGAUCUCUUCACUGCGUGGGAAAGUUGUAUGGAUUACGGGUGCGUCGAGUGGGAUUGGGCGCGACCUGGCCAUUGCGCUGGCCAGGAACGGUGUGAGGCUGUGCAUUUCCGCACGAAAUAUAUCGGAGCUGCUUAAGGUGAAGCAGGCUUGCAUAGCACAAUCGAACGGAAGCCUCGGUCCGAACGAUGUGUACGUGCUGGAAAUGGAUAUGCUGCAUGUGAACCAUCACAACGACUACUUCAACAUGGUUCUCGACCACUUCAAGACGGUGGACGUGCUGGUGAACAACGCUGGCCGGUCGCAGCGCGCGGCCUGGGGCUCGAUCAACAUCAAGGUGGACCGGGAGCUGUUCGAGCUGGACGUGUUCGCCGUGGUGAACCUGUCGCGCAUAGCGCUGGACUUUUUCGUGCGCAACUCGAUGAAGGGCCACCUAGUGGUGACGAGCAGUGUGGCCGGUCUGAUCGGUGCCCCGAACUCGGGCACGUACACCGGUGCCAAGCAUGCGCUUCAUGGUUACUUCGAGUCGCUGCGGAACGAAUACCCGAACGUAAACAUUACGAUGUUCUGCCCCGGACCGACGGCGACCAACUUUCUGCAGGAGUGUUUCACCGAUACGCCCGGCGCGAAAUACAACCAACGAGUUCAGCCGACCGAUCGACGCAUGACGAGUGAACGCUGUGGCCACCUGUACGCGAUGGCAAUCGCCAACAAGACCCACCUGAGCUGGGUCGGCACAUUCCCGGUCAAUAUGAUACUCUACGUUGCGCUCUACUAUCCGAAUUUGAAGCGGCUCCUGCUGAAAAUUGUUGGCGGAGAGCGUCUGCAGCGAAUCCGCGAUAGUCGGUAAAUUGGCGCUAAAAAUGAAGCUUCGAAAAUCCGGAGCAGAACUUACUAACAGAACACCUGCAACACGGCGUGCACCCUGCGCAUUCCAUCAACGCCAGCCGACCAAACGCAGCAACCAGGCACUGCACCAUUCGAAAAAACGGACUUCUUCCGGAUCAGACGGAUGUGACGUGAACGUGAAUUUCAACCUCCGCCGUUCCAAGGCAGCUGGGCUUCCACUAAAAAGCGGACGAUCAAUCAGUACUUUCAUUCCACGCAUUCAUCGUUUGCUGUUGAGAUGGUAUCAUUUCCUUUUUCGAUCAGGUUCGCCAAAUCUGUCGCAUUUAGCAGUUUGUGUGUUAGUUUACGAAAAAAUAUUUACAAUUUUGUUAUAGUAAUUUAAUUUAAAUACACAAUAAUUGUUUUUGUUUUGCGCACAUGUGCAGGCUACAGCAACUAGAAAUACACCGGUGUAGAAAUUCAUUGUAGAAUAAAGUAAUAUUAA